AUGUCUCGGAAUCUUGGACGGCUCGUGGAGUCAGGUCCGAGCUUGACUCCAGUGCCUCGUGGUGGACCGGAAAUCGGACAUAAUUCAGGAGAAGUGAUUGGGUGUCGCGACGAGGUGACUUGCUCCCAAGGUCCUUCGGCUAGCGAGAAUAAGUGGACAGAACACCAGGAUGACGAUUUUUUCCGUGAACUUUGCCGAGAAAGGAAAGCCUAG